AUGAAUUGUGGAGAUGCAAAAUGGACGAAGAAACUGGAAUUCGAAUCGGGAACAGACAAAGUUGGCCCAAAACUUGAUCCUAUCCCUGAUCGGCCAAACUGCUACACUAUAGGUGGACGGGUUGAUGUUUUGGAGGACUUCCGUGGUGAAUUCUCAAUUUAUCUUGAGCUGCGUAACACUGCCAGCAAAAAGCAAGUACCGGAAACCUGUGUGAAACAAGGUGCUGACGGAUGUGGCGGUUUCGGAUCAUGCCUUUACUGUAACGCGUGCAAAACAUUCGGUGAUAACGUUGGCGUGCAGGCACAACUUCUUCUCGAUGGAAGUCCCAUAAAAUGUUCGGACGGGCUCACUAAAGGAACCUACAAUAAUCUAAAGUUGGCAUUCUGUUUACCAAAACUGGAGGAGAUUCUGCGUACUCAGGGACUCACCAAGGAGACAUUCUUGCAACUAGUCAGAAGUGAUGAUACUCAGUCGGUCAGAUCAAUGGGCAUUUUUGCAACUGUAUAUAUCUUCGACACGGACGUCAGCAAACAAAUGCAGACGCAGGCUCGUAUUGAGAGCGUCUACCGUAAGACCAAGAAGAGCUUCUUCAAGGUGAGCGCUUUUCGUCACAUUUUACGCAAGUAA